AUGUCUGACAGGGAGUUUGCAAUCGUUGUGUUCGGAGCAAGUGGCUUCACUGGCCAGUAUGUGGUACGUGAGGUGGCGAAGAACUGCAAAGGGAAGUUUAAAUGGGCUGUUGCUGGUCGCAGCAAGGACAAACUCGAGAAAGUUUUGGAGGAAACUGCAACCGAACUUGGUAAGACUGUCUUUUGUAUAGCUGUGGACUUCGAGCUCUGUACUUCAAGGUGUUGGCUCUUCUAAACCUUGGAGUUGUUUCUCUUGAUUUUUUAUUUAACGUACUUGAUUUAGAAGAGCUGAAUAAAUUUAUGGAGGCGAUGCAAUGUUUUUUUUUAGAAUGGUAUUCUUCUAAUAAAGUAAAUCAAUAAUUUUUCACACUGUACCAUGUGUACUGUGUUGAUAGCAUGAUCAUAUCUAUUUAUAAACCAUAAUAUAUAGAUUUAGCCAGGGCUAAAAGCGAAGCUCCAAUUGUAAUAAAUUUAUAAUUUAAAUCAAACAACAAACUUUUAAUCCACAAAUCAUUCAACUUAAGGGCACAUUCAUGUGACUUUUGAGGGAAAGGCUAAGUUAUUUUAGAGUGAAACAUCUUACAUCGAAUUGAUAACCUUAUAUGUACACCCAAAAAAUAGCAAACAUCUUCGAUCACAUUCAAGAUCACCGUAGAUUAGGCCUCGAAAACAAAUUCUUGGAAAACAAAUCACGCCAAAUUUAUUUGCGUUCGACAGGUUUACUUUACAAAUUCUUGCCAACAAAUCUGGGGGUGUUUAAACCAACCUUUUAUAAUUUUUAUACACCACAUUUGAGGUGAAACAGUACUAUUUAUCAUACAGAGCUCGGACAGAAUGCGGUAUUUCACAAUUUUUCAAGACAAAUUGCACUCAGUCAAUAAUUUUUUAUUCAGGACGAGCCAAACCGUUCAAAAAUUUCAGAAAAUUUCCAAAAUCACCCAUACAGCCAGCUGGUUCUCGUUUCUAUAGUGCGAGCUGUCAGUGUGGUCGAGUGUUUGAAUGAACUUUAACAGAGUUACGCUUCAACAUAAUAGCGAAUUUAUUAUUAUUUGUUUUGUUAUUUAAUGGUUUCCGUUAUAACGAUGUGUAAUCUUAUAAAGCGUUUGAUACGCGCGACAUUUUUUAGUACUCCUGCAAGCGAUGGUCAUGAACGAUGAAAACAAACGGCACGGACAAGCGAUUAAAAUUGCAAGAGAGACUACUAACAAUCAAAAAAAGAGAUAUAAUUCCGUGAAACAUUUACAGAGACAAGAAUUUUCAUUCAUGAAGACAAGUAUUAAAGUGUCUCUAAAAAUCAUGGGUCUUUCAGCGUAAAGCUUAAGUUUAUGUUUUAGCCGGCUUCCCAGCGCGGUGAUUACUGUUUUCGAAGGUGAACUCCUCGAAGCAAGAAAAUCGCUCAAAGUUUUCUUUCUACAGCCAAAUUUAUAACUAAAUAUCCUUCGGAACGUUUUCUUUCUAUUUGUGGUGAGCAAAUAUAUCUGAAGGCUUUUUAAAGUUCUGUAAGCCUAUAUGAAACCUGCUACUAGGUCAGAUCAUUGACUCAAAUCCUGCAAACGUGCAUAAACUUAACGCAUAAACUGUCAGCGUGAACAGUGCAGGGCUUCUGAUAUUUCGCGCGGUCGCGGACCCGCGAAAUUCAGGUAUUUCCGCGAAAUCCCGCGAAUUUCCCAAAAAACCGCGAAAUACCGCGAAAUCCGUCAGAAAUAUUUCCAAAUACAUGUCGGCAAAACAUAUUUAAUACUUAUCUUGGCUAUUAGACCGGUUUUAUUCACCCCAAACGUCCAAAUUUAGCUUGAAACUUCAUCACUGCAACGAGUAAACAACGUCCCAAAACUACCAGGCGUUUUUAUAUGAACGUUGCGAAAAACUGGGCACUAACCAUAAUGUUGAUAGCUUUAACAUGCGCUUAUUUCUCGAGUGAACUGUUGUUGAAAGAGCAAAUGAUUAUCCGUGUUAAAAAAAAAACGUUCACCAGCGCCCGGUCAUAUCGACGCAAAAUUGAUCGAUUAUAGCGAAUUUGCCAAAAACCCCAGCGAAAUGGGCUGUUUUUGUUGAUUGUUUCUUGGCGAAGUUUCCCCGAAAUUUCUCGUGAAAUCGGCCGAUUUUCCUAAGAAAUUCUUAGGAAAUUAUUUGCCCCGAAAAUCCUUCGAAAAUUGACUCUUUUCCGCUAAAAUCCCUCGAAAUGGGCCGAUUUUCCUGCGAAUUUUGACUUUUCUCCUGCGAAAAUCGCCUGAAAUCGGCCGAUUGUUCCGCGAAUUUUGACUUUUUUCCCGCGAAAAUCCCGCGAAAUCGGCCGAUUUUUCCGCGAAUUUGCCCCUGAAAAUCCCGCGAAAUUUUGCUUUUUUUUCCGCGAAAUAUCAGAAGCCCUGACAGUGCAAGACUUCAUGAAACACAAACAUCAAAUACAAUAAUUACUUAGGCUUACCAUUCGAGAUUCAGUUCCUGAAAGCUAUCAAGGGAACCACAGUUGCUUGAGACUUUUAAACCCUCUUACGCAUUUAAAGCAAGGUGAAAAACGAAAACGGUGCCAUCCGAAAUCGAAUUACCGAAUUUUGACAAGCGACGCAUUUCUCAACCAAAACCCGGUAAACAAACCAGCCAUGAAUAACAGAAGACUCUUGAUAACAGCUGUAUUUCAUUUUUUACCUCCAGAGGAAAAAGACAGUUAAAAACAUCACAAGUUGACACAAAACUCUGUCAGCUUCAGCUGUCAAAGUAAACUACUUUCAAGAUGCUGCAUAAUUUUUCCGCAUAAACUCACCUGUCAAAUUUUGACCAAUCAGAGCAUAAAAAUUGGACAUAGAGCAUGACCAACGCGUGACCAUGGUAAGAUAAGGUCUUCCCCACCUGUGCUUUUGAAAAAACUGGAUGAAUUUUCGCUUCCGAGGUCAGUUUGAAAUCAAAAUCCUAAUAGUGCGGGGCCAUAGUGACAUAAACACAACAUAUUUGAUAUGAAUCCUUGGAAAAAAUAAACUUGAGCCUGCGAUCAUUUGAAACUGGUAAUUUGUCAGCGGAUAACUUUAAAAAAAUACUCGACCUCGAUGGGUCGACACUUGAGCCCGCGGUACGGCCAGGUGAUACUUGUCAGCGGAUGCCCUGUUUUGAUAGCUGUCAAUUGAUCACAACAUUGAUGUGCAGCCUGUGCAAUUAGUUUUCUCUUGGGCUCCCAAACUAGCUAAAAGUGUGAGAGUAAACAUUGGUUUUCCUGUGGUGCGGACGGACGGCGGGCGGUCGGUGUACGGUCACGUGAUUACCAAAUUUUCUGGGAUGGGUAGAUUUACUUAGCAAUGGGGCUCUGCCCACGCGCGCGCUUCGCGCGCGCUUGGAGCUCCGCUAAAAUGCACAUGACUUUCAAUAAUUUUUAUCCCAUAUCGUGUUUGUGAGUGCAAUAUGAAGUGUGUGUAUAAAUCCACCAUUAUGGUCCCGCCCUUACCAAAGUACUAAUAGGGUGCAAGUGGGACCAGCAGGGAAUGAGAGGGAAGGGCCACUCUCACUGAAGAAAAAUUGUUACUGGACAAUUUGUGAGAGAUAACUAGCACUCAGUCUCAAUGAUCUUAGGGGAAUAAAGGGAUUGCUGGGCAAAAAAAAAAGAAGAAAACUUGAAUUCCAGUUUGUCUAAGCAGCUCUUACAUUUUGCUCAUUGAUAUUAAUUUAUAUCUUGCUCAGCUUAGUUAAUGAUUUUAGUUUGGACCCCUCCCCAUUGGGCAAGUAAGCUUUAAAGGUUACUUGUCCAGCAAGAAAGUCUACUUGUCCUGAACUACUGAAGAGGACUCUUUUCAAAUCCUGGACUGUGAACAGUCUAAAUACUUUUGGAUGACAGCACUUUGCUUAAACAAGCUAGUCACUGUGAACAAUUUAAUUUUAGGGACAGUAUUUGUAAAGUGUAAAACUUGAAGAAACUAAAAAUGAAAGUUUUGGUUCAAAUACUUCUUUGAAUUGCAGGCUACUGACCAAAACAUACUCUUCUUCUUCAUAUAUUUCCAGGAUAUGAUACAAAGGAUGUUCGUGUUAUAAUUGCCGAUGUCAGUGACGAAACAACCCUCAAUGCAAUGUGUUCCUCAGCCAAUAUUAUUUUGAAUUGUGUUGGACCAGUGCGUAUUUUCUUAUUUAAUACAUGUACAAUUUAGUUCGCACCUUAAUAAUUUACUAUUAAUAAUAUUGUUACCGAUAUUUUUUAGUUAUGAAUAUAUGAAAAUUAUGAAUGAGAACUUCGGGGUGAAGAAUUAUAGUAAAGAAGAUAACGCAGUUUGAAGAAAAUGUGUUUUCAACUGUGAUGAUCUUCUUCCAUAUAAUUCUUCACCCUGCAGUUCUCAUAUAUGAUUUCAUAUAUAUUCAUAACUUCAUCAUCAUCCUUUCACGGGUUUAUAAUGAACCAAUUCAACGACCUGCUCAAAGGUGGCUUGUUAGCUUAAUAUUGGUAGAGCGCGGCACCGCUUUCGCAGAAGGUCAAGGGUUCGAAUCCCGUACAAGCCUGAAUUUUUUCAGGCCUUUUUUUCACAACUGCAAGAGUUACAUCAUAUUUUUGGUUAUUUACAUUGCAAUUUUUUUUAAAAAAAUUCAUAUUAAGUUACACGUGCAUGUAUCAUGGUGGGGCAAACCUUACCUCAAAGGGGUACUUAACAAAGUUUUAUACAAGGAUGCUGUGCCCCAAGGUUUAAUUAUCCCUUAACCUUUUAUAUAAUCAUUUUUCACAGCAAAGGUGUUCCUUUCAUAUACCUUUUGUAAUAUCCACUACCCACAAAUUGCCAUGAUGGUUGAAACUGUUUUUAAUGGUAAACAUCAUGUGAUAGACAUGUAUAUAGGUAUAUCAGAAUGUGUGCGAAGUUACACAGGAUACCACAUCCCUCCCCAACAUUGCAAAGUUACUCAACGUAGUUGGAAAUAAUUUAUAAGGUUUCUAAUCUAUUCUGUAAGGCAAUGUUUCUUGUUAGGUUAGCAUGUCUUUUAAGUAGGAGGGUUUCUGGUUCUCUGAGGUCUGCAUGAUUCUGGGUCUGCUUCGGUCUGUCUUUUGCUUGAUUGUUGUUGGUCACUUCCUGUCUCCGUUUGCUCUUGGUUCUGCUCCUCUGACUGUUCUUUCCUGUUGUUCUCUUCCCCAUUGCUGGGAUUGAUGGUUUCUGAACAUAUGUCUUAAAUGAAGUAAACUUCUCCGGGCCUGGGUCAACAGUUACUGUUGUGUCUGAUUCUCCUGCUUCAGUGAUCCCUCGGUCAUCUGUGGAGUUGAUGACUGCAUUUACAAGUUUGAAGUGGCUGAUAUCUCUGCAGAUUGUUCUCUCACCAGUAGCUCAUCUGGCUGUGAUUCUGGAUCCAUUUAUCUUGUUUACAGUAUAGAAUUCCAGUUCGUAUGGCAUGCUCCAUUUGUUUCUUUUCUCUUGCUUGACCAACACGUAGUCAACUAGCAGAAGUCUUCCUUGUCCUGUGUUUCUGCCUUCUCUGUUCUCUUUCAUUUUCUGUUUGUACAUUGCAUCUCUCUCAUCUUUGGUGUCAUCCUUCUCAGAUCUCUGCACCUUUGGCUGAAUGUGAUCCAACUUGGUCCUUAUGGUUGCUCCUCUCAUUGCUUCAUAGGGGGUGAUUCCCAUGGCUGGAUGUAGAGUUGAUCUGUAUGCAGUCAGCAUGUCCUGUAUUGCAUUCUGCCUCUCUAGGCAGUCUUUACCUUGCAGGUGUGCAAUCUGUUCUGUCUUGUAAAUACUACAGCAUGUUCUCUUUUCACAGUCUAUCUGAUGAUCUUUUCAUUGCUGUCAUCUCCUAUUUCAGGUAGUGGGUGCCUGGAUAGGUAGUCUAGGGGGUCUGCUUCAUCUUUUCCAGGCUCGUACACCAGUUUGUAGCCAACGUCCUGCAUUACCAUAGCAUUUUUUGAUUCUGGGUGGCAUUGUGGCUUUCGCUUCAGUGAAUAAGGGUAACGGUGGUUUGUGUGCUGUGAUAAUACAGAAUCGAGGGACUCCAAGCAGGUAAACUCACAGUCAUUCUUUUGCCCACUUGAUGGCUAGUGCAUCUUUUUAGGUCUGGCUAUAUCUUUUUCCCAAUUCUGUCAUGGUGCAAUAAUUAUUGAUGAAAUGCACUGGCUGUAUACCCCUGUCAGUCUUUUGCAGUAGGGCUGCUGAUAAGCCUUGGUUGUAGCUUGCUUCUGUAUGCAAAAUUAUGGCUCUGGAUGGGUCGAAGAAUGCCAUUGUUUUGUCGUUUGAGAUGCUGUCUUGUAUCUUCCUGAAUGCUUUUUCUUCUUCUUUCUCCCAUUUAAAUUUUGCAUCUUUCCGGGUUAGCUGCUAUGGCUGCAUAGUUGCUGAUGUAGUUGUCCAAGUAGCCUGCCAUUCCGAGAAAACUCCAGACUUCUUUGCUUUCUGGAGGGCUACAUUCCUUGAUUGCUUUCAGUUUGUCUGGUGACAGUUUCAGUCAGUCCUUGGUGUAGGCAGGUUCAUAGUACUCAUUCUGCUCAUUCUGGAACUGGCAUUUCUCUUUGUUAAAUGUUACUCCAUGAUCUCUUGCUCGCUGGAGGAAUAAGAACACAAAGAGGUACUGAAGACUGUCACCUCUUCCUCCGAGGAGUAUAAUUAUCAUCUUUUUAGUUCAGGCAGUGGGGUAUGUCACCAAAGGCUCAGAACAUUGCUUCAUCGAAAACAUCUUGUGAAGAUGUAGCUCCAAAUACUAGUCUCUUUGGUCUGCAGUUUCCCCAGGGUGUGCUGUAUGUUGCUGCCUGUCUUGUGGCAUGGUCUAGUGUCAGUUGGUGAUAGACUUGUCUCAAGUCCAAUUUCCUGAAGAUCUUGCAGUCAUGCAAGCGGUAGAUAAAAUCUUUAACUCUUGGUGACUGGAAACAUCUACUUUGUUUCAUGGCUUCAUUGGGUACUCGCAUGUCAGUGCUUGCUCUGAUCAUCUGAGAUUCUAAUUCUUCAUUCUUAAUAUCAGCAUACUUGGGUUUAGGCUGCACAACUUGGAGUGAGCACCAUGUGAUAGUUUCUCCAUCUGGGACUUUCUCAAUUAUGUUUUCGUUUACUCCCUGCUCAAGCCAUUCUUUGAGAGGUUUUGCAGAUGACAUGGGACUGGGCAUGGUUUUUGGGCUACUGGGAUGGCUUCUGGAUCCAUCUCUAGCUUGACUUCUAUCUCUGCCUGUACUCUUGUCUCAGAAGCAUCCUAUCCCUUGGAAUGUAUCAUUUUAUUCACUGAGUAACGCUUCAUUGUCAAUCGGGUGGCUUCCCUGACUUGAUUCUAUUAAAACUCAUUGGUUUCUUUAAGUGUUCCGUCCGGAUCAAUCUUGAUCAUUCCCAGUGCAAUAAGUGUAUUCCUGCUUAAGAGUGGAAGAGGGUCCAUUUUUCUCUCGAUCACUCAUAACUUGCUUUAUGCUGCUUGAUUAUUGUUUCGAAUAGUUGUAUGAAAUUCACCUUUUAACUACCAGAUCAGAUUGGAGAGUCUUCAAUGUGUCUUUGCUUGCAUCUAGUUCUCUGAUUUCCUUUGAUCUGUAUUUUAGGGCCAUGUAUUGGUACUCGUCCAUCGCGUUUACACUUGCCCCGCUGUUGGAUUCUACACAUGCAUGUCAACAUCUCCUAUUCUGAUAAGAACAGUGUCGUGAGUUCGACCUGAUCUCAGUUUCUUUGCUCAAUGUAAGAUGCGUCAUGAUUGUGUUUACCACACUUCAGGCAUUGCUGUCCACAAGCUGGGCAGUUGCAUCCAGGGGGUGGAGUCCUGUUUUCCCACAGUAUUGGCAGCUAUUCUUGGAGCUUCUUUCUCCUUUCUAGGUUUUCUUGCGGUGAGGGUUUCUUGUGCACCCCCUCUAGCACCUCUCUGAGAUUUUUCCCACUGAUGUUUCACCUUGGAGACUUUGUAAUCUUCUUUUAUGUCUUUUAGUUGCUGAUUAAUGUCUUCUGUUAGGCUGGCUUCUUUGAGAAACAGGUCAAGUGUCUACCUAUUCUGUAUGCUUUUCUUGAUAAGGCCGUUAUCCUUCAUGGUUUGUAUCAGCUGUUCGAGGAUCUUACUGUCAGUCUGGUCACUGAAUUCACAAUCUUUCGCCUUCUUGCGUAGCCGCACUGUGUUGUUUAUGAUACUUUCUCCCAGUUUUUUUCAUUGUUUCUUACACAUGUAUCUCACAUGCUGUUUGUUUUUCUUUGCUAAGAAGUGGUUGAUGAGUUUCCGGGUUUAUUUCUUAUAGUCAUAGUUGUCUUCUUCAACAGGAGUGGUAUAUGGAAGGUUUUGUGCAAGUUUCUUGAUUUCUUGUCUGCUGUAGAUUUGGAGCAUACUUGCUUUGUCUUUCACAGUGUUGAUUUCAAAAUAUUCUGUUUCUUCUUUGAAGUCUUCAAGCCAUUCUUGCCACACUCAGCCAGUCUCUAAGGGGUUGUCUGGAAUCUUGAACAAGUUUAUUCUAAGUGAUUUUCCGAAAGUUGAGACUCAAAUUUCUGAUGGGUUGCUGGUGCUGCUUUGUAACAUGAGGUCGUUGAUGUCCGGUGCUCUUGAUAAUUUCUUCUUUCUUUUUCGCUUCUAAGUUCGCUAGUAUUCUCUCCAUUGGCUUCCUCUUAUCUUCUGCUUUUGUUUUUCUUUGAUCUUCUUUUAAUUUUUCUCUUCUUUCGGUAUGUAUUCGUCUUUCUUGUUUCUCGUCGCCAAUGUAAUAUCCACUACGAGUGCUACACACACACCGCCAUGAUGGUUGGAACUGUUUUUAAUGGUAAACAUUGCAUGAUAUAGGUACAGAAUGCGUGCGAAGUUACGCGGGAUACCACACCUUUUAGUAACAAAUGGUACCCCUUUCACUUACAUGUACCCAGUUCAAAACACUACAUCCCUGAAAGUGGCAGAAAAGUUUGAACAAUUUAUUUUAUAACAAUGUCACAUCACUUAUCAUGCAUGCUAGCAACUAUAAUUGUAAUUUACCCAAUCAUGUUUAAAUUAUAUGACUGUGUUAUGUUCCUUUAUAAAGCAAAAGUCAAAAUAAUUAUGUGUAAUUUUGUCCAUCAGUACCGGUUUUUUGGAGAACAAGUCGUAAAGGCAGCUGUUGAGAAUGGGUGCCAUCAUUUGGAUGUCAGUGGAGAGCCAGAGGUGAUCAGAUUUCAUGAAUUACAUUCAUAAGUACAGAAAUACCGUAAAAUUCCGAAAAUAAGCCUAUCCAUGUAUAAGCCCCUCCAAAUAUAAGCCCCCGCCCCCAGCCCAAACUCGUAACGCAAAAAUCCCUCCGUUAAAUUGCCCCUCCAAAUAUACUUGGAAAUUGCCAUCAAAUACAAAGCAAACCAAAGAAAAACGGUAAAUUUCCUUCCAAGAAUAAGGCUAGCCCAAUCGAUUUUGAAACGCAAAUUUCCCUCCAUACAUACGCCCCUCCAAAAAUAAGCGCCUCAAAAAGGGCCUUUGAAAAAUAUAAGCCCUGAGGCUAUUUUUCGGAAUUUUAUGGUAUAUAUAUAUCUUCAAUUCAUUAUCCUUCUACAAAGAUUGUAGGAAUUUGGCUGGCAGAAUAUAACAUUCCUUGAAACAUUUCUGGGUUCAAAGCUGGAGUCAAAGUGACUCCCCGUGUGAAUUACGUACACCAAAUAAUGUGGCUGGCCCAGGGUUAACAGUACAUGUAACACUUGGAAAAAUCCAGUGCAAAUUAAGGUUUUCUCAAUUGUUUUUUCGCAAAAGCUCACCUUGCGAGCACUUGUAGCAGUGAUCAGUAAAGUCUAGCUAGCUAGUCUGGUGCUAAUCUUCAACUGACAAGAUCUUGCCAUGGAUAAUAACUCUGAAAAUUUUUUUGAAUAGGACAUUACUGCUAAAAGCAUAACAUUUGACUCCAUAAUUUUAGUAUUUGGAAAGAAUGCAGUUCAAGUAUCAUGAUGAUGCCGUGAGUAAAGGAAUCCACGUUGUUGGCACUUGUGGAUUUGACAGUAUUCCUGUAGAUAUGGGUGUGGUCUUUGCACAGGAUAAGUUUCCAGGUAAAGUACAGUUUGUAUCAGUAUGUGAAUACAGUACAUGUUAGUCUAAUUCUACUGCUUAAUUAUGGAAACCAUAACUUUGCUUUGAUGUCAAGAGACAUUUAAUGUUCAUUUUCAGUUAUAGUCCAAGCACCAUUCUCUCUGAUAGUAAACUGAUGUUAAAACAAGCGAAGUGAAAAUGCAGUGUUAAACAUACACUCUGAGAUUUCUUCCAGUCUGGCACUGGCUUCUAGAAGGCUAUUUUUUUUAUUUUCAACAAGGGAAAUUAAUUAAACCAAGCUUAGACGAAAUAUGUCAUUGAAGUAAAACUUAUAUAAAAAAUUAUCCACUGUAGAAUUGUACAUACACUGUAAAAUGAAAAGAGCCAAAUCGACCCCAAAGGCCAAAUCGGCCCCAAUUUCUCGAGGGCCGAUUUGGAACGUGCUGGGCCGUUUUGGACAGAAAGAGUCAAAACAGUUCUAGAUGGUACCAAUUCGGCCCAUCUAAUUUCUGAAUCGGCUACACUAAAAGCUACUUUGGCACUUCCUCUCAAUUUGGCCCUUCCGAUAGCCAAAUUAAAAUUCCGAUUUGGCCCCAACAAGGUCUACUCGGAGCGACCGCGGUGUUCGGUUGAAGUAACCAUAGUCACGUCUGACACAAUCCAAAGUACGGUCCGUUUAGUCGAGUAAGGAACUAAGAUAACUUUAACGUAGACCUAAAACCGUGGCGACAGUCAGAGACUGUAAGGUAAAUCAUGGUUUUGAGCGAACCUUUGCCUCGCGGGAAGGUGCAAAUCGGAAACAAAGCUACAAUCACGCUCCCGAAUGUUCUGCACUUGAUUUCAAUAUCGAUAACAUUACAUGAUGCGUCACGCAAACUAAACGCAGGGAGGGCGUUACAGUACAAUAUCCCUCGGUAUUGAUAGCAAACAAAGACCCAGCCAUCAUGUACACAUAUUUUCUGAUUCAUAAGUAAAAGGUUUUUAAAAUUUCGAACGCCUGCCACAGGAUAAAAAUGACACGAUAUGUAAACAAUCGAAAACAUAUUUUGGAAACAAUACACAACUGGUCAGCGGGCUGUCCCUAUGCACAUGCUCUUUGGUGUCGUCCUUUUGGCGUCUAUUUGAAAGUACUGCAACGGUUGCGAACAUGCCAGUUUCUUUGGGGAUCAGGAGUCUUGUAUUAUACUUCUCGACAGCAUCAAAGGACAUUCAAGGUGUUGUUACUAAUUAUUUUCGAACUAUGAGCCGUCGUUGAUCCAUCACUUCGCUUUUGAAGUUCGUCGUGAAGAAUCGGAGACAGAAACCUCGUGAGGCGCAACGGUUUUCAAGAUGAACUGCACAAAAUUAUAAUAAUAACAAACGCUCUCCAAGAAUCAAGACUUUGCUGGAAAGAGCCGAUAGUAAGACCAGGUAAGCCGCCCUGAUUCGCUCUCUUUCUACCAAAUGCAAAAGACUGAGCUAUUUUAACCACGUUUGAUGAAACAGAAUUCAGGGUCACUCAAGUCCACCUUGUUGGAACGCUUUGAAGAACGGGUCAUUAGAUGCUUUUAAUUUUAUUAUCUAAUGAUAAGGAAAUAAGUGACCCUGUAUUCUGUAGUUAAGACAGUGGAGGAGUUAAAAAGCACUUCUUCCAUCCCCUCACUGUCCCCUAUUUAAAACAGGGAGAAUGAUAAACAUAUCUAAUGAAAAAACCUUAAAGCCAUUUCAACUAAAGAAGAUGGUAAGGACUGGUGUGGUCUGGUUAUACAUUUACACUGUAGAUUUCAGUACUUGUUUUGUUUUAAGUAAGGUUUUAUACCUUACCAAUGCAUUAUUUCUCUUGUCUGAUAAAUAAGUGCAAAAUAAAUGCAUUAAAAAUAGAGAAAUUUAAAACCCUUUUAACCCUAAGAUCAAAAUUUGAAUGCUCAUUUGUUGCCCCUAUUCAUUUCCUACAGAAUUAGUGGGAAGAAGUUGAUAAAAUAUCAAGCAAAUUGUGUGAUCAUGUCCAUAAUUCUCAUGAACACUCUGUUAUACAAAGCAUUGAUAUUACAAGGAGAAAUUUGAUGCUGAUGACUCUUAAAGCUUAAAGGGUUGAAAGAAUAAUGUGAAUUAUAAUAAUAAAGUUAUGCAUAAAAUUAGGAAAUAGAAUUUUAGGUUGCAGAAUUCUGCUUCAAUAAUGUGAAUUAUAAUAAUAAAGUUAUACAUAAAAUUAGGAAGUAGAAUUUUAGGUUGCAGAAUUCUGCAGGUGUGAUUAAGGUAACAGGGUCUGUCAGUCAAUUUGCUCCCACAAUUACUCAGAACUGUGUGUAAAUAAACUUGGUGCUCCAAGUCAACCAGUUUUAAUUUAAUAACAUUUCUCCUAUGACAGAAAUAGAAAGGCGGGCAUCCUUUUGGUAGUGAACGAGGUUCUGUGGCAUUGAUCGGAGUGCUAAGAGGACUUCGGGAGGAAUUUAUCACUAUUGUAGAGGUAGGUGUUUUGGGAAUACAAUGUUUUUCCUGAUGUUGUGAUACAAAAUACCACAAGAGUGCUACAAACUCAACUGUACAUUGAACCCUAAAUGCUUGGGAAGCCCAGAUACAAGUGGAAGUCAGACAAAAUUGAGAUGCAAUUUAGCUUAUGUUAUGACGGUAUCCCUUGGGGGCCAUUCCCAUCACCAGACUACACCAAAUCUCACAGAAUAAUAAUGGCUACAUAAUACUUAAUGAAUUUUGAUUUACAGCUGCAAAAUUUCUUACUUGGUGAGAAAUACAUGUACUAAAAGAAUCUUCUUGUAUCAGGAAGUGCACACUGUAAUUACCUCCUCAAUGAUGUGUGAAUGUAUUAGACAUAAUUAUGCUGUCAUUCUUUUUCCCAUAACAUAAAGGAAGCAUAAUUUCAACAAACUAUAAUUUAUACAGUAUACCAUACAUGCAUACCUGAAAACUGGAAAGAAGUAAUUAAACCAACAUUUCUUGACAAUAGUAUUGUUAUGACCAUACUGACUUUUUAUGUGUACGCACUGUUUGUUGUGUUUUGAUUAUUGUUUUUAUCAUUUCUAAAAUUACAACAUUUGUUUUUAUUGCAGAGGGAUGCAGAUGUUGACAGGAAAAUUCAGGAUUUUGUUGUGACAAAGGGAGGCAUUAUUUGCCAGUUUCCUCAGAAGAAGAUUGAUGCAGUGAUAAUAUUGCUUGGGUGUUUUUAUGUAUUUAAUGUAUCAUACACCCAGUGCAAAGCCAUCUUGACUUUUCUAGAUCAGGCAUUGCUUGAAAAUGGACUGGGGUGGACACUUGUCAAUGUUUCCUCCCUUUUUUAAUGACUUGGCAAAUACCUCAGUUCUUGCUGAAUGUUAACUCAGGACAACCUCGCAAGGUGUAGCCAAAUUGUCAAAAUGUUUUUCAUGGAAGUUUUCUUUCACUCUUACAGACCAAGAUUUGGCAAGAUUUUUUAAACAUAAUAUCUGUGGAGUAAAAUAUAGUUCAAGACAUUUGCCAAGUCAUUAAGGGCUGGGCUGGUUUACUAGUAAGAUACAGAGUCGGAACUGUACAAAUCAAAAGCAUAGAGUGUUGAUCUAGAUAUAACACUAACAGGGUAUAAUUACUCCAAUUAUGACUCCUUCACUUUUGAUCUAGUGAAAACUAUAAAGCAUGGGAACAAGAAUUUUGACUGGUAAGUGGUUUAUCCUUCGACGAUUACACCCCUGCUUAAUCUGGUUUUCUACAUCAUAAGCAGAAUCUGAAGGGUAGAAAGUUGUGAUGACUCCAAUUCCAUCAAGCUUCUAGUUAUGACUUCCCUUGCAACUCUGAUUUUUGAUUUUCACUAGGUGAUGAGUGCUCUGACUAUGACCCUGACUUUGUCACGAGUGAAAACCACCCUUCAAAAGGAUUAGGUCAAGUCAUUAAAGGCUCGCACUAGCAAGGUAGACAGAGUUGGAGUCAUAAUCAGAAGCUUGAGAAUUGAUAUAGCUAAAGCAUCUUAGUUCAUUAUUGCUCUUACAACUCUUUUGCUUCAAUCUAAUGUACAUUGUCGGAAUUGUUAGUAGGAGAACUUGACCAACUCUGACAAUCUUUUAUUUUUUUUUUGUCAAAAGGGGAGUUAUAAAAGAAACCUUAAUUGACUCCAAUUCUUGUGAGCUUUAAUUAAUGAGACCCUUUGCAACUCCAAUUUUUGAUUUUUCACUAGGUUUUAAGUGUUCCUAUGAUGCUGAUUAUGAUUUUGACUUUGUCUUUUGUGAAAACCGUUUUAAGAAGUAGUUACUUUGAUCGCACCAAAGACAAAUGUCUCUCUUGGCCAAUUUAAUUCCUCCAAUAAUUCUAAAUGUUCAAUCUAGAAAAGUUGAGAUUAACCGAAGAUAAUAUUACAUAAAUAGGUUGGAAUACGCGUUGUUAUGAUGUACACAGAUCACAGUAACUUAUUCAGAACUGAAUAAAUGUUUGAAAUAAGCCUUAGUUUGGUUUCAUUAUUUAUCAGUACCCUAAUUAAGGGAAAAAAUCUGUAGGCCCCCACCCAAAUUAAAAAAACCAUAAUGGCCCGAUAUGGGGCUGAAUCGGCUACUUUUGGAGGGGUAGUUUUUAAGAGGGCCAAAAUUUGAGGGGGCUGUUUUGGCUACUGGAAAAUCCAAAAUGGCCCUAGUGUUUUCCAUAUUGACCCUUUACAUGGUCUAAUUUGGUUCCGAUGCAAGGGUCAAUUUAGCCCCAAAUUUUGGUACCAAAACAGCCCCAUCUCAGUGGGGCUGAAUUGGCCCCAAAAACAGUACCAUUCUGGACUCACCCGUUUCGGCCCCAUUUUUGGGGCCAAAUUGGCUCUUUUCAUUUUACAGUGUACUUUGUCAUAAUGGUGCACAGCAUAUAAAAAUAAUUUUUCAGACAAAUCUAGUUGUUGUAUUGUUACUUCUGAGAAUAUCUGUUCACUGUUCUUUUUAUCUUUGAGGCUAAUCAUCAUGUCAAAUAUUUAUCAGCAAUAAUGUAGCAUUGUUUACUUAUCCUUUCUCUAGUAGGCUGCUCACCGCCCCCUCUUUUUCCGUAAGAUUGUCAAGAUCAAGCAUGUUGCAUUAAGGGCGGCCAUCUUGGUAUCACGUGUUCCGAGACUACCUGGGGAUGAGUGUCAAAUCUACUUAGCGGAGUGGGGAUGGUUUGUGAGGAGGUGCCUGUUUUUGCUUCUCUGCCCCCAGCGCUAUAAACCCUGAUGCUCGCCCCCUUAGCAUACACUGUACAUAGGAAACCAAGAUGGCCGCCCAUACUAGUAAACGCUCAAUCCUGACGAACUUACAAAAAAAUAUGGGACUGUGAACAGUCUAUUUCUUGACAAAAGCAGUCAGCGAGCUGUUGGUCGUCUUUCAGUAAAUUGUUGGGCAAGUGUUUACCAACAGUCGGCUAACAGAUUUUGGGGGAAACUGUUCUUCAACUUUACCAAAGUUUAUGUGAUUUUACCUAUUUUUUAGGUGAACUUUGUCACAUAGAGAGCUUCUUGCAAGUACACACGGGUCCUAAGGUAUUGUAAAUUCCCUGUGAAUUCCCAGUAAGGAAAGACUAUGCAGGAGAAGUCCAACAUAUUACAGACGCACUGACCUAUUAGCACAUUGUAUACUCUCAUUGACCACAGAAAUGUUGUCAAAGUGUUUAAACCUCAAAUGGUGGAGUAACUGCAAAAACAUUGUCAGUGGUUAAUUGUAAAGUCUAUUUCCGUCACACAUGUCCAAUUGAAACCCGAACAGAGUCUUAUGGACUUCACGCGCAGACGGACCGAGUCAGAUCGCUACCGGAACCGGAAAUCGGUACAAGGCGCUUUUAGUGGAACCGGAUGAUAGAUGUUAACAUGACCGACAGGGUCGGAAAUUGUUGGCAAACAGACUUAAAUCUGAUGCUAAGAAAGUGCAAAACGAAUUAAUUGCGCGACUAUCACGUCAUUUCCAUGGUCUAUGCUCUACAUCGAUCAAAGCUCACGACCAACCAGCAUGAGACAAAUCGCUCAGUUAUUGUUAAAAUGUAAUUUUACAACCUCAGAUGCCUGAUAAUCUCAUAUCUCUUCCCUUAAGGGUGGAGGAGGUCACUUUGGGACAUACCAGUCAGCCAUACAUGGCGUAGCAAGCGAAAGGGGAGGAAAUCUCAAAAAGCUUCGUGCUCAGUUGUUUUCAAAACCAAUGCCAAAAUUUGGACCAAAGCUUCCCAGACGGUUAGCCUUUUUAUUGUUCCCUUUGCUUGUAUACUUAAAUCUUUGUUUUGUUUUGAUUCUUUUCUUGCUUGAUCUUCUUUUCUUUUCUUUUCUUCUUUUCUCUUGAGACCCAGGCCGGCAGAAACCUUAGCACGCGACUUUUUAAACACAAGCGAUCGACAAGAAAUGGUGACUUGUAAAAAUGCUGAACGCCAUUUACAGACGAAACAUCAAAUCGACUGCGAUUCUGCGACAUGUACUACGCAUUCUACAGACUACUACCAACGACCUUAUUUUAGAAAGCUGGUUUAGUAACUUAAAACAAACGCCGCUGAAUCGUAGUCAGCAGUUAUCGACCCCUUACAAACGACUUAUUGACGGACUCAAGCAAAACCGAUGGCAAUGAACGAUUUCAUAAAAUGACUGGAAAACGGACAAUUAUGUAGUUAUUGAUACACAUGUAUUUUUUUUCUUUUUUAGGAGGUUUAUCUCCUACAGCCCAGAAGUUCAGAAAUGGUGCAUUCCAUUUAUGGGAGCUGACCCUUCAGUGGUACGCAGAACACAACGCCACAAUGUUGAAGUGAGAAAUAAAAAGCCAGUUCAGUACGGUGCAUAUACCGCCGUGUCUUCACUGUUUUUAAUCCUGGUGAUAAUGUUCUUUGGCUUUUUCUUUUUGCUGCUCUGCCAGUUCAAGAAGGGAAGACAGCUGUUAGAAAAGGUACGUGUAUGAUAGGAAGAGACACAGUGUUGGUUUUCAUUUUUUAAAAGGGGCUACAUAUACGUGGCGAGGAUAUUAUCGUUUAGGUCAGGGACUGGUCAAAAAGUAUAGGCGGGGGGUGGUGGGCCGGAGCAGAGAGGGGGUGGGUCAUGAGGUUUUGAGCCUUGUGCAAGGGGUGGGUCGUGCAAUUUUCAGCUACCCUUAGGGGGUGGGUCACCUUAUUUUUUACUAACUACUAACGAGACAGUUGACUACACUUGUUAUAUAAAACACAGCCAGCUGGAAUUAUUGCUAAAAUGCUCACAAACCUGUUGUGCGAGAAAAUACAAAGGUUAACAGGCCGCACAUCUAUACGGGCGUGGAACCCUCUGUCAACCUUUUUUUUUCGGCUCUAACGAGCAUGUCCUUUAACGAUUUUCCUUUUUCCUUUAUAGUAGACACUGAGGGCUGGUAUUGUGUCACGAAUGGCAAUAUUUCUUUUUCCUCCUUGUUGUUUUGUUUUAGGAGUUUAGACUCCCUUUUGGGAAUUUUAUUUCUGAUAGUAGGUUUUCUAUCAAAGAUAGGGGGCACCCAACCAGAAUAUAGUUCAAAACCACUUAAACAUAGCAUUGUCAAACGUAUUUUAGUAUUUAAACAGUAGAUAUAGGCAUAUUUUUAUCCCCUAAAAAUUUUUAAUCUGUUCGGAUCUCCUAGCUGAAAGUCUAGUGAUACGAAAAUUAUAGGGAUCAAAACUUACCUUUUCGAAAAUUUCAGCCAGAAAAAAGGCUCCCGAAAAUUCUAGGUGACCUUAGGGUAAAAAUCCGUUAAAAAUGGGCAAUUAUACCAUUUUUUUAGAUGUUCGAAAAUCCUAGGAGGGGCAGACAAGCAAGAAAUUUUACAACAAAUGUUGCGAAAAUUCUAGAUCUCAAAUCGUCUCUCGAACACAUAUUUUCCGAAAAUUGACGUUGGGUGCCCUUGAAAGAUUGUGGGUAGCCUCCGUCCGUCAAGCGUUUUUUUUUUUUUUUAAAUUGAAUUAUUUUCCUCAAAGGUUGCUUCUGAGGAGUUUUUUCGUAGGAUUCUUAAGGCUUCUCCUUUGACAAAUUUUUUUUUAUCAUUUGGAUGGUGACACGAGGUGACAUGUGUGUGCAAGGAGUUUUCCGUUUGUUUAAAAUAUGUCUUUGCAUGAAGGUUAGAUUUUUCCUUGAAUCUUGUGCCUUUGUAUACAACCGUGUCUACAAACGCAGUCUCAGUGUUAAAAUAACGUUUCGGCCGUGAAUUCAAUAGUUAGGUGAUGUAAGGUUGCUUGUUCAAUGAAGGCAUGUCAUGAAAAUAUUGGCAAGGGAAUCAAAACUGCUGUCUUUGUGCCCAUUGCAGUUCCAUUGUUUUGUAGGUAGUGCUUUCCACUGAAGUGGAAGAAAUUUUCGUUGAGGAUUAAUCUAAGCAUUUCCGGCAAGUAAUGUGUAGGAAUGGGUUGUCUUUGUUGAAAUUUUCAUAUGCUUUGUGACAGAUAAUUUCAAUAUACCCUCGUUUUGCUGUAUAUUUGUGUCAAGACUCAACGUCCAUUGAAACAAGAAAUGUUCUGUUUUUCACAUUCGUCUUUUCAGUGAAAGUUAUGAUUUCUGUGAUUUUGAUAUUGCUUGUAGCAGUGUAUCAACAAAUUUUGUCAAGCACAGAACAAGGUUUUAUUGGAUUAUUAAGAGGAAACCGAACAUCCAUGUUUUAACUAGAGGGUGGGUCAUACAAUUUCCAACCUUGCUUUAGGGGUGGGUCAGUCAUUUUUGUGCCGAAGGGAGGGGGUGGGUCAUGUGUUUUUUAUCAACCGCAUUUCCAAAUGCUCCGGCCCAUCCCCCCCCCCUCCCUAUACUUUUUGACCAGUCCCUCAAUUCUGGUACUUUUCGCUUUUACCUGAACACAAGUAAUAAAGAAUAUAUCAAACAAAUUUCACCAGGUAGCACUAACCAGUAAUAUUUUGGCCAUUCAUUUCAGGCAUGGCAUUAAAAAUUGAAAAAGUUGACCCAAUUUUUUUUCCAUUUUCAAUCCAAGUUCAUCCUUGCCAUUCAUAGCAACAGACAACAGGAAACAGUUUGAAAGUCAAACACUACUUUAGUCUUAAAUGACAAAACUGGGCCAUUACUUUUGGAAUUCUAUUGAUGCAAAGACAUUUCUUUUUCGCUUUUCAAAAAGAUAGCAAUAUACUGACCUUGUCGUAACCCCUUUGCUGAAAGUUAAUGCUGACUUAUGACUUAUUUUCAAUUGAUUUCAACAGUACCCCAAGUUCUUUACAGCUGGUUUCUUUUCACAUGAAGGGCCAACUAGGGAACAGGUAAUCCGUAAUGUAUUAUAUUAUUUUUGUUUUGCAGCAGUUUUGCAAUCAACAAAUUGUAGCAUCAGAAUCGAUUCCUCAAUCCUUUUCAUCACGUUGUGUUUUGUGUUAUGUAUUUCCUUUUCAGAUGGCAGAGUCUUCAUUUUCUUUCAUCUUCCAUGGAGCUGGAUUCAGUGAAGCUGCUGUGCAAUCAGGGUAAUAUUGCCUUGUAUGCUUAGUCAUAAAAUUAUGAGACCAAAGUGACCGCCUGAGCUCAUUAUACACUUAAUGUCAGAUCCCGAGGGAAACAGUCGGUUUUGUUUUCCCGAGAGUCAGGACUAGAGGGAAAACAAAACCAACUGGUUUCCCAAGGGACCUGACAUUAAGUGUUUUGUUAUAUUUCUAGACUUUCACUUCAACAGCAACUAAAGAAUAACCGCAGGGAAUCAAAACAGUAGAAUCGGUACUUAUAAGAACACAAAUUUAAUUCUUAAAACCACUGAAUGAAUGACUUACAGAGUACUUUCCUUAUAAUUAUCAUCUGCAUCGUUUUCCUCCACUACCUGCUGUUUCUCCUCUAGGAUAACUUUGAAAGUCGUUGCGGUUUAGCUCAAGGCUUCAUGUUUGUGUUGUUGUGUUCAUUAACGAAAGUGAAAACUGGCAGUGUUUUUCCCGCCUUCUGUCACGCCACUGAUCAGGUGCUGUGAUGUAUCCCGAGCGGGAUACAAUUGCUCAACUGUAUCACGAUCGGGAUACAUUUGAUUUUAGUCAAAGCCAUGUAACCAAGAAUCAACUAAUGGCAGUCCGUGUUUAGCUGAGUGAAAGUCUAGGAAUAUAGCAAUUUGUUUUAUAGAUCAACGCUCGUGUGGCUACUCUAGUACUAGCUACCAGCACGUAACAUCAGUCAGAAAACCCCUCGUUGAACUGUUCUUAUGUGAUGUGAUUAGGAAGUUCACAACCACAAUCGCCUGUGCAAAAUGACCGUGAAAAUGUUGAUUGUGACACAACUCUUGUCCUUUGAACAUUUUAAAACGACUAGAAUGUCCUAAGUUUCUGAGAUAUUACUGAAGUUUUGAAUUGGAACAGAAGGCUUUGGAGUUCAUAGAGAAAGUCAAACUAGUUAUUAUCUCCUUGUUUUCAAGUUCUCAACAAAACCUUGAACAAACAUCGCUGAAUCGUAGUCAAAAGUUACCGGCACCGUACAGAAGACUUAUUGACGGACUUAAGCAAAACUAAGAGAGAAUGACUGGACAACCGACAAUUUGACUAACAAUAAAUGACUGUUUAACAGUGACAAUAGACGAAUCGAAACGCACCAAUGACACGUCAGUCACUCUCAACAACACCUAUUCAGGACUACGUUCACCCGGACGAUCAUGCUCAUCCAAGUUAUGAAAACCUCUAACGUUUUGCGUUAUUUGUUGUUGUUGUUUUGUUUUAAUUUUUUGGACAGACAACAGCAAAGAAAAUGCAAUGAAGUCAGUCAUAAAAUAAUGCAAAUAGCUUCCAAAUUUGAUCAACGCUAGCCGGUUAUGAAGAAGUAGCUUAGGGAUUUUAGCCAGUUAGAGACAAAAAAGUAUAUUUUGAAUGAAAAAUAAUAAUAUUGCUGAAACUAACUUUGAUUUUCCUCCUACCUCCUUAUAUAUUAUCGGUAGUUUGUUUACUUAUGGAUUGAUUGAUUGAUUGAUUGAUUGGUUGGUUGACUUAGAAAUAUGUUUAUCAACUUUUAGAGACCUGCCAGCCAAACCUGACGGUCAAAUUGUGACGAAAGUUACAGGACCCGGUGAGUUAAAAAUCCUGAUUGAGCACUGUGUUUGCUUUACUGGGUUACAAGUCUGCUUUCGGGGCGUUUGAUUUCAAGCUUUCUCAGUCUCCGUUUAACAGUUCAAAUUUUCAAAAUAAAACGUUGUCCCACUUCGAGUAUGGUUUAAUUACUCUGAUGAAAUAGUAUUUGUGAAACAUUGAACCAAAAAACAUUCAGUAAUCAAUGGGAACUCGGUCCGCAAUAGUUGCCCCCAAUAAGCCUCUAUUUCAAGGCGAGGCUAAGUGCGAAGCUAUUCGCCACUUUACGAACGAGAAGGAAACUGGGCUGAGUUAACUUUCGCAAAGACUUCUGGGACUGUUACUGGGGACAGGGUAAACAAAUUGGCCAGUAGCUGACUGCCGCGUCCCAAGUUACGGCCCCAAAAGUCUUUGCGAAAGCUAACUCGACCCAGUUUUCUUCUCGUUUUUCACCACUUUAUAGAAACGAGUAGGGAACUGAGCCGAAUUUACUUUCCCAAGACUUCAGGGACUGUUACUAGGGACCGUUAAAAAUUGAAACUCGGAAAUGACCUAUUGGAUUCUCGGAGUUCUGUUUCCGACUUUAUUCUUGGUGUGUCAUCAAAAAUCAAACUAAGAAAUUAUCGAUUUUUCUGAGUUUCUACUUUCACGAGUUAUUACAGCACCUAAACACCUUUAUAUAAACAAAGUUUUGGUUCGAAAGGGUUCUUCGUGUUGCGAAAGAGGACGCUUGAAUUUCCAGGCUUUUACGUGACGCGGCAUUUAGACUUCCAGGAAAGCUCUUAAGUGGGUUAAAAACAUUACCGAUUUAGGAGAUUUUGCUAUCUAAACAUUCUUUGUUUCAGAAUAGAUAUUACUUUAAUAUUUAUGAGUUCCCUAAGCGAAGAAUCCUCCCAUUAGUAGGAAAAUUUGAAAACUGUUGGUUUCCGGCGGCCAUAUUCAGGGACACCAAAAUGGCGUUUCCAUACAAAGCUUUAUAAAUUUCGGUAAAACGUUUUUACGAAUAUCUCGCAUUUGAAAUAUUGCACAGACCUAAUUCUUGGAAAGGCAUUUUGUAUAUUUGUCUUCUUUGAUUUCCCUGAUUCUAGACUCUCUGUGUCGAACGGUUUGCAUCUUUAUUUUUCAUGGCGUGACAGCGCCAACCGAAAAAAAUGCUAGUCUGUGUCUAAAUGUUGCAAAAUCACCACCACUUAAAGACUCCUUCGUUACCGGAAACUGCUGCUUAUGUCUCCCCCGCCUCCCAUCUACCCGUCAACAAAAACAAACAACACAUUCAGGUUUACGAUCAUAACCCUCCCCCCCUCCCUUCCUUCACAGAUAUAUUCUCCCCCUUAACUUGUGUUGAUAUGAAUUCCAAAUUAUCAUGUGAAGUUUUGAAGCUUAAGGUGACUCGACCCAGUUUUUUUUAGGGGGUACCAUCCUACUUUGAAGCUCUCUGGUAUCCCCACCUUUACUUUUAUCGUAAGGAUAACACAUAGAAUGGAUAACAUAUAGAUCAAUCUACAAUAUAACAUAAAAUUUUUGGCGAUCGGAGUAAAUGUCACGUGGUUAUAAUGCCACGCCCCUUUGAGGUCUGAGUCGAAAAUCUGCUGUUGCCAGCAUUUUUUCGUGAAAAUCUCUCGGCUACAAAUAGUCCGCAUUAGUGCCUUGCGCUGAACAGAGUUUUACCAAAAUCGCAAAGACCCAAUUCGAGAAAUUCAGUGGUUUCCAAAUUUAGGUCAUAAUUUAUGCGAAAAUGAUAAGCAAACUUUACACGGAUUAUAUCUAAUAAACUAUGAAAUUCAUCUCUGUAUUUUGGGCAUCCUUAUAACAGAUGGGUCCUCGCAAGUCAGCAAAACGCUUUAGGGCCUUGUAAAUGCGCGCGAUUUCGAGCAAAGCAAACAUAUAGAAAUUAUAGUUUUCGCUAUUUGUUGACGUUUGUCAGCGUUUAAGAGUCAAUCUCACGAAAAAAGCAUUUUCUUAAAAAUUCGUAGUUUUUUUUCCUUCAAAUUUUUUCAGGGCCACAAUUGAGUAACUAACUACCCGGACUCUGAAUUUCAUGGUCAUUGAAAAACUGUGACAUUAUCUUCUAUAAGCCCAAACUUGAGUAAACAUUGAAGAUUUUUAGCGUUUUGGCUGAGUUUGUGCUUUGGGAGUUGUCUCUUGUUUCUAGUCUGUCAUUAUACGGCAUUCUUGUUCAGCACGCGUGCAAUGACCACGCUUGGCUGACUUCCGAAUGCUCACCGAGAUAUUCCCGUCACGAGUUGGUUUAAUUAUUGGCUUGCAUUAAACCUACGAAAAAAUGAUAUUUUUGUAAUAGUAAGUAGACUUAGUGUGUAGCACUUCUUGAUUUUUUUGCAAAGACACAAGAAGCACGAGAAUUGAUUAAAAAUUGUUAGUUAAACCUCUAUGUAUCACGCGAUGGCCUGUCUCACUGUACCAAAUUUAUAAUAUCUCGGUGAGCAUUCGGAAGUCAGCCAAGCGCUGUCAUUGCACGCGUGCUGAACAAGAAUGCUGUAUAAUGACAGACUAGAAACAAGAGACAACUCCCAAAGCACAAACUCAGCCAAAACGCUAAAAAUCUUCAAUGUUUACUCAAGUUUGGGCUUAUAGAAGAUAAUGUCACAGUUUUUCAAUGACCAUGAAAUUCAGAGUCCGGGUAGUUAGUUAAUCAAUUGUGGCCCUGAAAAAAUUUGAAGGAAAAAAAACUACGAAUUUUUAAGAAAAUGCUUUUUUCGUGAGAAGGACUCUCAAACGCUGACAAACGUCAACAAAUAGCGAAAACUAUAAUUUCUAUAUGUUUGCUUUGCUCGAAAUCGCGCGCAUUUACAAGGCCCUAAAGCGUUUUGCUGACUUGUAAGGACCCAUCUGUUAUAACGAUGCCCAAAAUAAAGGGAUGAAUCUCUUGGUUCAUUAGAUAUAAUCCGUGUAAAGUUUGCUUAUCAUUUUCGCAUAAAUUAUGACCUAAAUUUGGAAACCGCUGAAUUUCUCGAAUUGGGUCUUUGCGAUUUUGGUGAAACUCUGUUCAGCGCAAGGCACUAAUGCGCACUAUGUGUAGCCGAGAGAUUUUCACAAAAAAAUGCCGGCAACAGCCGAUUUUCGACUCAGACCUCAAAGGGGCGUGGCAUUAUAACCACGUGACAUUUACUCCGAUCGCCAAAAAUUUUGUUAUAUUGCAGAUUGAUCUAUAUGUUAUCCAUUCUAUGUGUUAUACUUACGAUAAAAGUAAAGGUGGGGAUACCAGAGAGCUUCAAAGUAGGAUGGUAGCCCCCCAAAAAAACUGGGUCGAGUCACCUUAAUUAAAAGUUAUUAAUUCAAAAUGCAUAACGUAUUUUUAAUCAGCACUGUUCCAGCUUGUUUCGCUUUUUCUAUUCCGGUUAUAAUCCCACUCGGAUGUGAGUCCCUCCGUUUAUAAGCCCUUCUAAAACCCCUCACAAAGAUGUAUAAGCCCAGGGCUUAUAAGAGGCAAUUUGCAGUAUGUUAUAGGAGCAUUAGUCAUAAAGUUUACCAUGUAUGCUGAUCAAAAUCACAUCAGUAAUUGUAUUAUUAUUAUCAUUAUCAUUAUCAUUAUCAUUAUCAUUAUCAUUAUCAUUAUCAUGAUCAUGAUCAUGAUCAUUAUCAUUAUCAUUAUCAUUAUUAUUAUCAUCAUCAUUAUUAUUUCAUUUUUCAUUUGUGUUUCGGCAUAGGCAAAUCCCCUUUAAUAUUUGUUAAAGUAAUGUCGGCUUCUGGUUUUAUUCUUGUUUUCACUCAUCCCAUUUUUUUUCUCCCCUUAGAGGCUGGGUAUAUAGCCACACCCAUCUGCAUCGUGCAGGCCGCCAUGGUGAUCCUCGAAGAAACCUUACCAAACAGGUAAUACUUUAGGUACUGGAAAUUUUCCCGGUCAAAUCUUCGUAAAACGUUUCUAUGUAAGUUACACUGCAAAAUGUCUCAUUUGUAGUUAAUUUGUUUUUCUUGAUAUCUCAUCCGCUGGCACAACGUCAUGCCUUUGUUAGGCAGACUUUUUAAUUGACGACUUUAAAGUGUAAAAAAAGCCUGUGUAACUCUGUUUAAUAAUAGCGCAAAAGAAACAGAUUCUUAAUAACUACCAGCGUGCAAGCUCCAUUCUUCUCUUGUCCGAUGCAAAGUUAAUAGAAUAGUUUAACUUGCUCUAAAAAAGCAGCUGUUACUUCUAACGCGAGAAAGUUAUCUACGCAACUGAGAAAGUUGCGAAAAAGAAAAAGAUUUGAUGUCGGGUUUGCUUCAUUGCUUUUGUUGUUGGUAGUGGUGUUUACGCUCAAAAAGUGAUUGUUCGGAUAACUAAUCCAGCUGACCUUAAUAACACAAUUCUUUUUGUUUUACCUUAGUGGUGGAGUUUUGACCCCAGCUGCAGCUUUUGCUGGCACCUCACUGAUUGACCGCCUGGAUGAACACGGAGUCAAGUUUUCCGUGGUGCGUUGUGAAAUUGACAGUUCAAUGUAAGCCCAGACCUAACCAGGAGGGUAACGUAAAAAAAAAAAGAGGCGGGCUUAUAAUAUUUCAAUGGUGCAGUCAUACAAAAGAUUGAAAAGACGCUUAACGUGAUCACAUAACACAAUAGUUAACCAAUGUAGUUUCCAUGAAGUUUACACAUCGCUAAAACACCUAGAUAAGAUAAUAACUGCAGCAAGUGCUCGUUUGAUGGACUUAGAGUAGCACUGAUUCAGUGAUUCUUGAUUAAAGGAGCUGUGUAACGAAAUUUAUCAAAAUUCUAACAAUAGGAGCCGCCACCAAUCUGAGUGAACCAUAAAAAUAACCGAUCAAAACAUGAAAGUAGGGUAUAAAUAACAGGAACGGGUGGACAAACUUGAAGGAGAUUGAACCGGAUUUAGUGCAAUUGUAGUUUUUGAAAACUUGUUAACCUAACGGUUUUUCAGAGUUCUUUUUUUUUGUUGUUUGUAACGUUUGAUAUAUAUGCUUGGGAGACGUAGUAUGUGCUUCGGAAACGUAUUUGUUUGACACGAAGCUGUGACUUGUCAUUCACAAGUUAUUUCUAAAAGUUUUAUAUGGAAGUGUAAUUGGCAAAAAAAAGUGUAGUAAAAAGUUAACACUAAGUGUAGUAAAAAGAGGCCGCCGCCUGCCUGUGAAGUUACAGAUUUCUGGUACCAAAAAGCAAACAAACUAUCAAGUUAGAAAAUCAUAAAUUUUUAUCAUAACAAAAAUAUUUAAUGAUUUUGUGACAGUAAAUUUUAUCUACGUAAUAGUAACCUACGUUCGAACUCUAACAUGACUCCGAGGCUUUCUGCAUGAUUUAUAUUUGGCUUGGUUUUCUUUGUGCUCAAGUCUCGUCUGCAUGGGAAUUGAGCGACAAUGGAGUCGUGAAAAAUUUGCAAUUUUGUCCCUAAAGCCUCGGAGUCGUGUUAGAAUUCCAAUAUAUCGAACAUGGGCUAUUAUAUUCUCAAAAAUCGAAAUAAACUAAAAAAGAAAAAACACUAUUACAAAAUAAUACUUUUUUAAAAACAGUGUUGGUGUAUUUGUCCCAGAUAAUACUCAUACAAAUCGUGAUUUGUUUAUUAAUCUAUUCAAAUCUGGUUAUCAAGG